UUUAUGAUCGCGCGAAAUAUCCUCAAUAUGUAAUAUUCAUUUUCCUUUUCCUUCGCCUUCAAUUCCCUUUUUGUUGCUUCUUGUCGCCGCAGUGUAUGUUGUUCUUCCUCUCUCUUCCCUCUUUCCCGUGUACAUGCGCCUACUCCCCCAGUACCUCCUUCUAGGGUUUAGCAGAACACUAUUUGAAGCUUUACAAUGCUGGAUUAUCCUUCCUGUUAUGAUUUUUCUGUCCAAAAUUUGUUCGUUGAGGUCAAUUUUUGAGCUUUGAAUGGCAUUGGGAGAUUUGAUGACUUCUCGGUCCUCGCAAUCAUUGGCGACAGUUAUUGUGGAGGACUUUGCGAAUCACGAAGAGAGGAUUAGUAAUAGGGAUUCAGAGACUGCUCAUAGUAGCUAUAUUGCUGACAAUGCGACUACGACGAUGACGACAAGUAUGGCUUAUAUGCCGCAGAAUAUACUGUUUUGUGAGCUUCGGCAUGACCGGUUUGAGGAAUAUGUUCCGUCUGGACCGUCUCGUACUGGUUUAAUCUCCAAAUGGCGGAUUAAGCAUCGAAUGAAGACGGGAUGUGUUGCCCUUCUGUUGUGUUUGAACAUCAGCGUUGAUCCACCUGAUGUAAUAAAGAUAUCUCCUUGUGCUCGAAUGCAGUGUUGGAUUGAUCCAUUUUCUGUGGCACCUCAAAAAGCCCUUGAAACAAUUGGGAGAACAUUGAAUGAACAAUAUGAGAGGUGGCAACCUAGGGCACGCUACAAGAUCUCCUUGGAUCCUACUGUUGAUGAAGUUAAGAAACUUUGCACAACAUGUAGAAAGUAUGCCAAGUCGGAACGAGUUCUGUUCCAUUAUAAUGGACAUGGUGUGCCGAAACCAACAUCCAAUGGUGAAAUUUGGCUAUUUAAUAAGAGUUAUACGCAGUAUAUCCCAUUGCCGAUUACAGACCUGAACUCUUGGUUGAAGACACCAUCGAUCUAUGUCUUUGACUGCUCAGCUGCUGGGAUGAUUGUUAAUACCUUUUUAGAGCUCCAAGACUUGACUGUCUCUGAUUCCUCUGCCCCUUCUACAAGAGAUUGUAUUCUGCUUGCUGCUUGUGAAGAACAUGAGACACUUCCUCAAAGUGCUGAAUUUCCUGCUGAUGUUUUUACUUCCUGCCUCACAACUCCAAUCAAAAUGGCAUUGAGAUGGUUUUGCACACGGUCAUUGAUUCGUGAGUCACUUGAUUAUGGUCUAGUAGAUCGAAUUCCUGGACGCCAAACUGAUCGAAAGACACCUCUUGGUGAAUUGAAUUGGAUUCUCACUGCAGUAACUGACACAAUUGCCUGGAAUGUUCUACCACGAGAUCUAUUUCAAAAAUUGUUCAGGCAAGACCUAUUAGUUGCUAGUUUAUUCAGAAAUUUUUUACUUGCUGAAAGAAUCAUGCGUUCUGCAAAUUGUUCACCAAUUUCAUACCCAAUGCUACCACCUACUCAUCAACACCACAUGUGGGAUGCUUGGGACAUGGCAACAGAAAUCUGCCUUUUGCAGCUUCCUACUUUGAUUGAUGAUCCGAAUGUGGAAUUUCAGCCUAGCCCAUUCUUCACGGAACAGUUGACAGCUUUUGAGGUUUGGCUUGACCAUGGAUCAGAGAAUAAAAAUCCACCAGAGCAGUUGCCCAUUGUUCUACAGGUGUUACAUACUCAAUGCCACCGGUUCCGUGCACUGGUUCUUCUUGGGAGAUUUCUCGAUAUGGGACUUUGGGCUGUAGAUCUGGUCUUGUCUGUUGGAAUAUUUCCUUACGUUCUAAAGCUUUUGCAAACCACGGCUCCAGAACUUAGGCAAAUUCUUGUCUUCAUUUGGACGAAGAUCCUUGCCGUUGAUAAGUCUUGCCAGGUUGACCUUGUUAAGGAUGGUGGACAUGUGUAUUUCAUUAGAUUUCUCGACAGUGUUGAGGCUUAUCCAGAACAAAGGGCAAUGGCUGCAUUUGUCUUGGCAGUCAUUAUUGAUGGUUACAGACAGGGUCAGGCGGCCUGUAUUGAAGCAGGGCUAAUUAAUGUCUGCCUGAAGCAUCUUCAGGGAUCAAUUCCUAAUGAUGCACAAACUGAACCACUGUUUCUUCAAUGGCUGUGCCUCUGUCUGGGAAAGCUCUGGGAGGAUUUCACCGAGGCACAAGUGCUAGGUUUGCAGGCAGAUGCACCAGCAAUAUUUGUGCCUCUACUUUCUCAAUCCCAGCCUGAGGUACGAGCUGCAUCUGUUUUUGCACUAGGUACUUUACUUGAUGUUGGAUUUGAUACAUCUAGGGACGACAUUAUAGAGGAUGAAGACUGCGAUUAUGAGGAGAAAGCUAGGGCAGAAGUCGUCAUAAUUAGGAGUCUUCUAAGUGUUGUUUCUGAUGGAAGCCCUUUUGUACGAGCGGAGGUUGCUGUUGUUUUGGCACGUUUUGCCUUUGGACAUAACAAGCACCUGAAGUCGGUUGCAGCUGCAUAUUUGAAGUCGUCUAAUUCCAUGAUCACUUCCUUGCCUUCUUUUGUGUUCAAGAGUUCAGGUAGUGGCUAUACAUCCCCAACUCAUUAUGUUCCACAUGGAAAUGUAGUUCCAUCUCCUAUUGCUCCUUUAUUGAGAGUGGGAGGAGACAGUCAGUCUAUAUCUCGUGAUGGGAGAGUCUCAACUAGCAGCCCUGUUGCAACACCUGGCUUCAUGCAUGGAUCUCCUUUGUCCGAUGAUUCUUCUCAACAUUUUGAUUCUGAAAGAUUGUUUGAUGCUGUUAGCAAUGGUGUUUUUAAUCAUAUAAGACCCAGGCCACUACACAAUUCACUCUAUUCUCAGUGUGUGCUGGCCAUGUGUGCCUUAGCAAAGGAUCCAUCACCUCGUGUUGCAGGUCUUGGCCGGAAAGUGCUUUCAAUUAUUGGGAUUGACCAAGUUCUUGCCAAGUCUGUCAAGUCAACUGUUGAAUCCGCAACAGCUCCUGGCUCUAAUUUUGCUGGAUUGAAUCGAUCGUCUUCUUGGUUUGACUUGAGUGGAGGUGGACAUUUACCUCUGACUUUUAGGACUCCUCCUGUUAGUCCCCCUCGGUCCAGUUACUUAACAGGAAUGCGAAGAGUUUAUUCUUUAGACUUCAGGCCUCACCUAAUGAGCUCUCCAGACUCAGGAUUAGCUGAUCCGCUCUUGGGUUCUGGCGGAUCUUCUGGAGCUUCAGAAUGCAGUUUUCUUCCACAGUCAACCAUCUAUAAUUGGAGUUGUGGCCACUUCUCAAAGCCACUUCUUACUGCAGCUGAUGAUAGUGAAGAGAUCAUUGCUAAGAGAGAAGUGAAGGAAAAGUUAGCUCUUGACCUCAUUGCAAAAUGCCAGCACUGUUCGGUGAGCAGACUGCAUAAUCAAAUUGCCAGUUGGGAUACAAAGUUUGAGAGUGGUACGAAAACUGCUUUGCUGCAGCCCUUCUCAUCAAUUGUGGUUGCUUCAGAUGAGCGUGAAUUGAUCAGUUGCAGAAAAUAUCGUGGUUCUUGUGCCUUUGUGUAUUACAGGGUGUGGAAUUACAAGGAGGCUACCCUUCUUAACAGCUUCGACAACCAUGGUUACCCUGAUAAAGGAAUUUCAAAGCUCUGCCUUGUGAAUGAGCUUGAUGAGAGCUUGCUCCUUGUUGCUUCAGGUGAUGGCAACAUACGGAUUUGGAAAGACUAUACUGAAAGAGGUCAACAGAAACUAGUUUCUGCAUUCUCUUCAAUUCAAGGUCACAGACCUGUUGCGCGCAGUGUGAACGCUGUUGUGGAUUGGCAGCAGCAGUCUGGAUACCUGCUUGCAUCUGGUGAGAUUUCUUCUAUCAUGGCUUGGGAUCUUGACAAAGAGCAGCUUGUAAAUACUACUCCAACAUCCUCGGAUUACAGCAUCUCAGCAUUGUCUGCUUCUCAAGUUCAUGCGGGUCAAUUUGUUGCUGGCUUUGUGGAUGGAUCUGUCAAACUAUUCGAUAUUCGAAUGCCAGAAAUGCUUGUUUGUGCAACACGACCUCACCCCGAAGUGGAAAGAGUUGUUGGGGUUGGCUUUCAACCUGGACUUCAACCAGCGAAGGUUGUCAGUGCAUCUCAGGCUGGUGAUAUUCAGUUCCUUGAUAUGAGAAAUCUCAAGGAGGCAUACUUGACCAUUUAUGCUCACAGGGGAUCACUUACAUCUCUGGCGGUCCAUCGUCAUGCACCCCUUUUAGCGAGUGGUUCAUCUAAGCAACUUAUCAAAGUGUUCAACCUGGAGGGUGAGCAGUUAGGCACCAUUAGGUAUUUGUCCACCUUUAUGGCUCAGAAGAUAGGAUCUGUAAAUUGUCUUACCUUCCACCCCUAUCAAAUGCUGCUUGCUGCUGGUGCAGCAGAUGCCUGUGUUACUAUCUAUGCUGAUGAGGUCCCCCCACCAUGAUAACAACUUCAUAGCUUCGUCUACAAACCUUGAGAGAGAGACAAGAUUUUCAGACUUAUGGUGUUCCUUUAAGGUGGUCAGUGGUGGAUGCAUUGUUGACAUCUUCUGGUCCCUUGUCGACCUCUCUGAAAUACUGAUUGACUCACUGAGAUUGCAGUUGACAUCUUCUGGUCAGUUGCUGUCAACCUCUCUCAAAUACGGAUUGGCUCACUGAGGUUGCAUGCUACUUAUUUAUUGAGAAUUUGAGAGUCAGCGUCAGAGUGGUGGAAAGUUGAGAAGAAUCAACAUACUGGAGAGAAGCGUUGGAGAAUAAUUUGAUACAGAGGUAAAAAGAAGAUGUAAAUAUCUUCAUUCUUUGUUGUUCUAGUUUGUAAAUUCCAUUUUCUCUAGUUUGCUGCUUUAGUUCAAUCUUCUAUCUGCUUGGCUUACCUUCUUUUCUCCAUUCUCACCCAUUCAAGUCAAUUUGUACAUAUCAACUAGCCUACAUUUGUAAUGCCUUCACCUGCUAAUAAUUUUAAUGUUGAAGACAGUCCUCAAAAGGGAUGAUAGUUGGACAAUCUUUUACUUUUGGAUCACC